AUGACCAAAGAGAUUAUUGGCUCAAAUAAAAUAACAGAUCUUGAGAUCGAAAUUAAGACAUGCAAAAAAUCUAAAGGGCUCGGAUGGUUCACUACUGCAUUAUUUCUUGUGGCUGAUUUGGCCGGUGGUGGAAUUGUUGCGCUACCAAUUGCUAUGUUACAGUCGGGCAGUUAUAUAGGGGUAAUUAUCAUUAUCGCCUUAUCCGUAGGAUUUUGCUACACGGCACAUAUUUUGGGAGAGAACUGGACUAUAAUGUGCGAACGCUGGAGUGAUUAUGAAGAGCACUGCCGCAAGCCUUAUCCGGAAAUGGCUUAUAGGGCCAUGGGAAGACGUGCAAAAUCCAUAUGCUCAGGCAUUCUAAAUGUAAUGCUGUUCGGUGUCUCAGUCGUUUAUUUAUUGCUAGCUGCACACAUAAUUAAUGACUUCGUUACAUCCAUAAUGGGCCAUAAUAUUGGAUUUUGUUUCAUGAUUGUUGUCCUCGCCUUCGUUUUACAUCCAAUUACUCUUCUUAAAUCUCCACAAGAUUUUUGGUGGGCGGUUAUUGGAGCGAUGUUCACUACUGUUUUAUCUGCCAUAUUAAUCAUGAUCGGGACGGUGUUGGAUGCUCCAAUCUGCUAUCAUGCUCGAGGUAUCUCUGAGUUUCAAGCUAGCAGCCUGGUACUUUCUUUUGGCACUUUUAUGUUCGGAUUUGGCGGACAUGCAGUUUUUCCUACAGUUCAGCAUGAUAUGAAAAAUCCAUAUAAAUUUACGAAAUCAGCAAUCGUUGCUUUUGCACUUGUUACUGCAAUGUAUGGUCCAAUUUCUAUUUUGGGCUAUAAUGUUUAUGGAGAUAGUCUUGAAUCGUCGAUCAUAAAUUCUAUUCAAACUGAAUGGAUUCAACGUGGUGCGAAUUUAUUUAUAGCAGUACAUUGCAUUUUAACCUUGACUGUGGUCAUAAAUCCUUUGAAUCAGGAAGUUGAGCAUUUAUUUAAUGCACCGCAUCAUUUUUGCUGGCAAAGAGUUCUUAUACGAACAGUAGUUAUGAUUUGUGUUAUUUUUGUCGCUGUAACUGUACCGACGUUCGGACCUAUUCUGAACGUUAUUGGCGGAACCUCGGUCGCAUUGACAUCUGCCGUUUUACCAUCACUUUACAAUUUAUAUUUAAAAGCAACAGUAUUUGACGAAUCGGCGAAAAAAUAUCGACGACCAACUUUAUAUGAGAUUAUUGAACGAACUUCCAAAAUGCGACUCACGUUAAAUGUUAUAAUAAUAGUAUUAGCAAUUGCUUGUGGCGCUUCAACGACCUAUUCAGCAAUUAUUGAUAUGGUUUCAACUCGUUUUACAAUGCCCUGCUAUCUUUCAUAUUUAGAAAAUGCCACAUCAAUUCAUGAAAAUCCGACUCAUUGUUGUGGUCGAUUUAAAAAUAUUUCACGAUUUGGUGAUUCUGCUAAAUAUUGUUUAUAG